CGCGCGCACCGGCCUCCCGUGCUUUCUGUUCUGGCUCCUUUUUGUCCUGUUCCCUGCCCUCAUCUGCGUCCUGCUACUUUUUCACAGUUUUGUGGCUUCGUCAGCGGAUUUGUUGCUGUCAGAUUGAGAAAGAACAAGCGACUGGGAAGCACCGUGUGCUCUUGUCGGCACCUGCUGCUCCCCUCUCCUCCGCUCCUCCCCUUCACCACCCGGCCCUCCAGCCGUACUCAUCAUCUCUCUCUGCUUGCUCCCUUCUGAGCUAUGGCAAGAUGAUGAUGGCGUUGGGGCGUCAGAUCUCGUCAUCGUCUUCCUCUCCUGACCUGAGGAAGGAAGACGGGAUAUUGAAUGAAGGCUCGUGGAACUCUCGUGUUGACAAUGGAGUGCCCUCUCACCGCGCACGUGGAGGGAGUGGGGUCGUCAGACAGCUAGUGGGAGGGGUCAAGUGCGACUGGGUGGAGGCUGGGCGCGAGUUUCUGUGCCGAGGCCGACGUGAGCUGGAGAAGGUAGGGCGAAGGUGGGAGUCGGGACGAUCUGGAGAUGGCGACACGUGUCGGGCGGAGGGAGGAUGGUCGCUGGGAGUUCUCCGAACUAUGGGGAGGCGGGAGCCAUCUGGACCAGUGGUCCGCAAGGCAGGCGACAUUGAGAGGAGGAAGAAGACGAACGUGUGUUCGGCCAAGUUGUCCUACUCGCGUGUCGCUCUCCCUGGUUGCGCAGAGGUGUCCAUUGGCGCGGGAUCCCGGGCGAAGUCGAUGCCACGUGGCGAAGAGGGAACGGCCACGUGUCUGCUGGAGUCGAUAAGGGCACGCGGGGUUAUGAAGGUGAUUGCGGCGCACUGCGCUGAUGUGCUUGGUGGGGUUCGCACUGUGGUUGACAAGCUGGGACGAGGGGCCGCGCGGUGCCUGGAGAUGAUGCCACGUGGCGAGCUCGGAGUAAGGCAUAAUGAUGACGAGAUGGAGCGGGUGGGAGAUAAGGCAAUGGCUCUAUGCUCCACGUCAGUGUCAGCGUUCGCAGCAGCAAGGAAGGGGAGUCGAGGUAGGGGGGCCGGAAGGGCGGGCGCGGAGGGGGAGGGGGAGGGGGAGAGGGAGGGAGAGUUGCCGCUGCCGGCGGCGGAGGGUUCGGAGACUCGGGGGGAUGCGAAACGACCGAAGAAGGUAAGGUCGGCGCAGGGAAGGGGUAGAAGGAGGGGGCAGGGGACACGCAUGGUGGAGGACACUGCGGAGGAGGAGGAACGAGUGCUGAUCAGUGAGAUAUUGGUUAAGGACAUGGACGGCCAAGAUCUUGAAGAUCAGGAGCUGUCGGAGGUUGCGCGUAAAUCGCUCAAGACUUCCAAACCUAACUUCGCAUUUACUGCGCGCGAGGUGCAGGAAGACGUUCAUCGUAUCAUAGACACCGGCUACUUCGCGUCCUGCCUGCCCACGGCUGAGGACACCAGGGAUGGGGUGCGGCUGGUAUUCAAGGUGGAGCCUAAUCAACAAAUGAGAGGGGUUAUUGUGGAUGGAGGAAAUGUACUUCCAGCGAGGGUGAUAGAGGAUGCUUUCAGGGAGGAGAUUGGUAAAGUAGUGAACAUUGGGCGGCUGAAUAUUGUGCUGGAGACGCUCAAUGGGUGGUACAGGGAUCGAGGUUUAUUUGGCCAGGUAACCGAUGUGGAGAUCUUGUCAAAUGGAAUUAUUAGGGUGCAAGUUGCUGAAGCCGAGGUGAACAACAUCACGAUCAGAUUUCUAGAUCGGAAAACUGGCGAACCAACACAAGGCAAGACUCGACCAGAAACCCUGCUAAGACAGCUGAUGACAAAGCCAGGACAGGUUUACAGCUUGCAGCAGGGCCGAAGGGAUGUAGAAACAGUAUUUACAAUGGGUAUCAUGGAGGAUGUUAAUCUUGUGCCGCAGCCGGCUGGUGACACGGGAAAGGUCGACCUGACAAUGAAUGUUGUAGAGAGGGUGGCAGGAGGGUUUUCAGCAGGAGGUGGCCUCUCUGGAAACAACAUUUCAAAUGGAGCACUAUCUGGUCUUAUUGGCAGUUUUGCGUACUCGCAUAGGAAUGCAUUUGGAAGAAAUCAGAAACUCAACAUCUCCCUCGAGCGCGGUCAGUUUGACUCGAUGUUCAAGAUCAACUACACAGAUCCAUGGCUGGAAGGGGAUGACAAAAGGACAUCGCGUGCCGUCAACAUUCAGAACUCGCGCAGCCCUGGUGCAAGCAUUCAUGGUGUCAGAAGAGAUGCACAAGGUUCAAGUGAUCGCCCAUGGCACGGAGGAAUCACGAUUGGCAGGCUGGUGGCAAGUGCUGACUAUAGCCGUCCACUGAGGCCCAAGUGGAGUGGAACAGCAGGGAUUAGUUUCCAGAGGGCAGGUGUCCGUGAUGAUCAUGGGCAGCCCAAGCUUGUGGAUAUCUUCGGCGCUCCUCUCACCUUCAGCCGGAAGGCCUAUGAUGAUAUGCUGGUUGCGAAGCUGGAGACGGUCUUUACCGACUCUGGAGAGAAUGGCUCCUGCCAGCUUGUUUUCAACACUGAGCAAGGAUUGCCUAUUGCUCCUGACUGGCUGUUCUUUAAUCGGAUCAACGUAAGAGCAAGACAAGGGCUUAGGAUGGGCCCAAUGAGGUUCAUUGCAAGUGGUUCAGGAGGUACGGUCAUAGGUGAUCUUGCGCCACACGAAGCAUUCCCUAUCGGUGGAACAAAUAGUGUGCGAGGGUAUGACGAGGGUGCAGUUGGUUCUGGGAGGUCGUACAUGGUCGGAAGUAUAGAGGUCUCCAUUCCCCUGUUCGGGCCCGUUGAAGGAGCAGUGUUUUCAGAUUAUGGAACUGACCUUGGUUCUGGUGCAACUGUCCCGGGUGAUCCUGCCGGGGCGCGAGGGAAGCCGGGAAAAGGGUAUGGUUAUGGAGCGGGGAUUCGGAUCGACUCGCCUUUGGGACCGUUGCGGCUCGAGUACGCAUUCAACGAAAAGCGUAUGCGGCGUUUUCAUUUUGGAAUCGGUUACCGAAACUAGCACUUGCAUUCCGCGUAGCUUCUUCUAUUUCUCUCUAUACGUUCAAUUUUUUUUUUUUCUGCUCGUGCGUAUUGUAUGCCCUCUGACUAACUGAAUAGAGGUGGUGGGGUCGUUCAGGCGGUUUGUGGUUUUGGCUGUGACGCAUGUAUGAUUGGUCAUGGACGGAUCGGAUCAUAAUUCAUGGGAUCGAAUCCAAUGGAAUAUUGGGGGGUACUGGGGGGUUUCGGGGGGUUGUCAGGUUUGCUGUGCUGUCUACAUAUACCCUCCAUGUCCUUGUGGGGAUAAAGAAGUGGUGUGAUAUGGUGGUGGUGUGCAGCGGGUCAGUGUCGAUUAGUCCAUUGCAUGGGCGGGUAGUGCAUGAACCAAGCGUUUGUGCCAUCCAUUUGUGCAAUCCAGAGAUUUUGAAUAUGUUUUUCGAGUCCUGGUUGCCUGCAUGCUUGCUCGAUGAAAGGUAAGCCCGACGGCAACUUGGCUUUAUGUAAUAAUAACAAGAAAGAAAAGAAAUAAUGUAGUACUAAGUUACAAAGCCUGAACAUCAGAGUUGGAGAAGGCAUGGUUAUGUCGCUGUGCCUGAUGUUCUGUUUCGAGCUUUCUUUUCUUUCGUCCCCUUGUAUUAAUGUCGAAAAAAUUGUACCCGGGUUGCGUUCACCUGCUUGCUCAUUUUAUGUCGAUCCUUUUUCCAUCCUCCCUCUCUGUGUCUACUUUUAUCUCUUGCCCUCGUGCUUUGGGGUGUCUUAUAAUCCAAAGUGAAUCAACUUUCUGUAAUUGC